AAAUGGAUUCCUCAGCUUUGUGAGGGUCCUGUCUAUAAAUACCUCUGACUUACAGAGUGACUGACAGCCAAGGACAGCUGCAGCCACCAGCCAACCAACCUGUGGAGACCAUUCACAGCAAUCUGAGCAGCCCUGUGAACGCUGACAGUCCUGCUCUGUUGUGGGGAGUAAAUAGGGUGUCCACGAAACCCAACCGGGACAAGGAGACCGAACAAAAUGGCUGCCAUGACCAUAGAUCCGGUGGAACAGCCUCGGAUGUACCAACAGACUUUGCUUCAGGACGGACUGUGUGACCUCUUAGAGAAUGACAAGUUUGUGGACUGCGUCCUCAAAAUUCAGGACAAGGAGUUCCCAUGCCACCGCUUGGUUUUGGCAGCCAGCAGCCCUUUCUUCAAGGCCAUGUUCCUGUCUGACCUGGAGGAAAGCAAGAAGCGUGAGAUUGUCCUCAAAGAUGUGGAGCCAGGUGUUAUGGGGAUGAUCCUGCGCUACUUAUACACCUCUGACAUUAACCUGACAGAACAGAAUGUCCAGGAUAUCUUCAUGGUUGCUAACAUGUACCAGAUCCCCUCCAUCUUCUCUGUAUGUGUGUCCUACCUUAAAGAGAAGCUGGUGCUGGGAAACUGCUUGGCUAUUUUCAGGCUAGGACUGCUGCUGGAUUGUCCCAGGCUUGCUCUCACUGCCAGGGAGUUCAUCUGUGAACGCUACCAGGUUGUUGUCAGGGACCAGGACUUCCUGCAGCUGGGCCCAAGCGAGCUGGCCAUCAUCAUCACCUCAGAUGGUCUCAACGUUGAGAGGGAGGAACUGGUGUUUGAAUCCCUGAUGGACUGGGUCAGACAUGAUGAGACACACCGCGUUAAGGACCUGCCAGAGCUGUUGCACUGCGUCCGUUUCAGGCUCAUACCUUUGGAUUACUUCAAAGAGAAAGUAGAGCGUCACCAGUACCUCCGCUUCAGUCAGGAUAUCAAGAAGGACCUGGAACUCGUCAAGGAUGCUUACAAGGGGCGUCUCCCAAAGCCUAGGAAGCCCAGCAAGGACGAGGCAAAGGGCGGGGAAGGAAGUGAGGAGGAGGACGACGAUGAUGAAGAGGAAGGGUACCUGCCGGGUAUACUCAACAACUACCCUCGUUUUGGGAUGUUUGAGAUGGACCUGAUGCUUAUGAUCAGUGACACAGGGACUGUGGCCUAUGACCCAGUAGGAAAUGAAUGCUUUGUGGUCUCAGAGUCUACAGAAAUUCCCAAAAACCACUGCAGCUUGGUGACCAAUCAGAACCAAGUGUUUGUCAUUGGAGGACUUAUCUACAAUGAGGAGGACAAAGAUGAACCAUUCAGCUCUUACUUCCUACAGUUUGACCCAGUAAGUUCAGAAUGGUUAGGGAUGCCUUCACAACCCAACCCUCGCUGUCUGUUUGGCCUGACCGAAGCUGAAAACUCCAUCUUUGUUGUUGGAGGAAAGGAACUGAAGGAUGGCGAACACGCCCUGGACUCAGUCAUGAUCUAUGACAGACAGUGCCGUAAAGUAGCCGAGUCCACGCCAAACUUCCUUUCACCUUCAGGCAGCGAGAGCUCCAAAAUGGUGCUACGAGACGAGAAACUGCUGCUGGAGUGUAUUGCUGCUGGACUGAAAUGCAUGAGAAGAGUCUCUGUCUACAACCCCACUAAGUUUGAGUGGAAGGACCUGGCUCCUCUGAAGACAGCCCGCUCCCUGUUUGGUAUCACAGUCCACAAAGACCAGAUCUACGCUGUGACGGGGGUAACAGACGCAGGCCUCACCAGCUCUGUGGAGGUCUACGAUAUUGCCACCAACAAGUGGUCUGAAUUCACAGAGUUCCCUCAGGAGCGCAGCUCUCUCAAUCUGGUCUCGAUGGGAGACUUCUUAUAUGCUUUGGGGGGCUUUGCCAUGAUGCCCAGUGAAACCAGUGAGGAGCCCGUCCCAACAGAGAUGACUGACAUCUGGAGAUAUGAUGAGUCAGAGAAGUGCUGGAAUGGGAUUUUGCGGGAGAUAAGCUAUGCGGAGGGAGCCACUAUUCUUCCAGUGCGUCUCAACACUCUGCGUCUCACCAAGUUAUAACUGUUGGUGCUAUGAGCUUAAUGAUGUAACAUUAGCAUUGAUGUAAAUGAGUGCACUCAUUAUGGACACUGGCCCAAAAUUAGCUUAGGGUACGGGAUGUUUCAAGGGUAACAAGUGAAUUUGGUCUCGGAAGAUGAUAAGGGGUUAAGAAAAUCAGCAACAAAUUGUUUUAUCUCAUGUUACCAGCAGGGGGAGACACAUGCAUGUCUAAGUGAAGGUGAACAACAUGAGUCAAAUGUAUUUUAUAAAAAGCUAAAAUGUUGAUUUGUACAUCUGUUUUUUGUUAUAUUAUUUCAUGAAUUUUCUUUAUUACCAGUUUGCUUUAUUUAAAGCACAAAUAAAGAUAAGGGUGGAUUGAAUUGCUUUAA